AGCUUUAUUCUUUGUCCGGGUUUGAAACUGGACGAGGCAGUCAUAUAACCGGGUCGCAGACGAGACCCGACCCGACCCGAUCACUAUCAUCUACCAGAAAUCAAUCUGUAACUCAAAGCUCUAGGGGAUUCUGCGGAGAUCGAACCUUGAGAAUCGCUACGGAAAAUGGAGAAUCAGGGCAUGAGUCGGAAAGAGAAGAGAAAGGCGGCGAAGAAGCAGAAGAGGAAGCAGACGAGAAGGGAGGCAGCGGUGAGGCUGCGGGAGGAAGAGGAGGCGAAGUUGAAUGAUCCGGAGGAGCAGGAGAGGAUGAGGCUGAUGGAGCAGGAAGAGGCCGAGAGGUGCGAGAGGGAGAGGAGGAAGUUUGAGGAGAGCGAGAGGAUGUGGCUCGAGGCGGCGGCGGAGAGGAAGAGGAGGAAAGAAGUGGAGGAGGAGGAGCGGAGGAAGAUUCUGGAGGAGUUGGAGAAGAAGGAGGUUGAAAAGGAGAAUGAGUUGAAUGAGGAUGAUGAUUGGGAAUAUGCAGAAGGGCCUGCAGAAAUUAUCUGGCAAGGAAAUGAGAUAAUUGUCAAGAAGAAAAGGGUCAGGAUUGCAAAGAAAGAUGUGGACCAACAUAGUAGAAAAGAGGAGGAUACUGAGAGACCCACAUCAAAUCCUCUUCCUCCUCAAUCAGAAGCAUUUUCUGAUCACAAUGCAUCAAUAAUUUCAUCCCAACAGUUGUUUGCAGAUGUUUCAGAACAAAUCCCAAACUUUGGGACGGAACAGGAUAAAGAUCAUUGUCCUUUCCAUAUCAAAACUGGAGCUUGUCGGUUUGGGCAACGUUGCAGCAGAGUUCAUUUUUACCCUGAUAAAUCGUGCACACUUCUAAUCAAGAACAUGUACAAUGGACCUGGCCUUGCUUGGGAGCAAGAUGAAGGACUUGAGUAUACAGACGAAGAGGUUGAACGCUGUUAUGAGGAGUUUUAUGAGGAUGUACAAACAGAGUUCCUGAAGUUUGGAGAAAUUGUGAACUUCAAGGUGUGCAGAAAUGGUUCAUUCCAUUUGCGGGGCAAUGUGUAUGUACACUACAAGUCUUUGGAUUCUGCUGUGCUGGCUUAUCAUUCAAUAAAUGGUCUCUAUUAUGCUGGCAAGCAGGUAACAUGUGAGUUUGUUGGUGUGACCAGAUGGAAAGUUGCCAUAUGUGGGGAGUACAUGAAGUCCAGGUUCAAGACGUGCUCUCAUGGUACGGCAUGCAACUUCAUACACUGUUUCCGCAAUCCGGGUGGAGACUAUGAAUGGGCCGAUUGGGAUAAACCGCCCCCAAGAUAUUGGGUGAAAAAUAUGGUUGCUUUAUUUGGGCUUACAGAUGAAUCUGGGUAUGACAAAGAGGUGAAGCAAGAAAGCAUGGGCCGGAGGAGGAGCACCAGCAAUGCAGGAACAGUAGAUGCAGAUAGGUAUCACUCUAGACGUUCUAGAUCCAGGGAGAGUGGUUACUCGCAUGGUGAAUAUGCUAGAAGGCAAUUUGAUGAAAAUGAUGCUCAUAAGAACGUGUACUAUCAAAGGCACACAAGUGAUGGUAGAAAACGAAUCAAAAUGCAUGAGGAACGAUAUGAAGAGGAAGCGCAUUUUGGAGACAAUCGGUAUAGCAGGAGUAGAAUUCACAAUGUUGAAUCUGAUGGAGAUUUGUUGAGGGAUGGGACCAGAGACAGAGAAAGACACAAUGAUCACAGAAGGAAAAGCUCAAGACAACGGGAAAAGGUAUUGGAAUCCCCGGACGAUUAUGGGGAGAGAAAGAACAAAACUUAUGACUCAGAAGGAGAUUGGUCUGAUAGGGAGGGAGACAAGUCCAGAAAACAUGGUCACACAAGAAAAAGCUUGAAGCACCAGAAGGAAGCAAUGGCGGUCAUGGAUGAUCUUGGAGACAGCAACAACAGUAUUCAUGAGCCUGAUUCUGAUGGAGGUUGGUCGGACAGGGAUGGAGACCAUGACGGGCAUCAUGAUCACACAAUGAAACGCUUGAAAAAUAGGAGCAAAAUGUCUGAAUUCUCAAAUGAUCAUAGGAACAGCAAGUACAGAACUGAUGCCACUGAUUCUGAUGGUGAUUCCUCACAUAGGAACAGGCAAGGAGACAGAUACCAUAGUCACAGGCGAAAGAGCUCAAGGCACUGGGAUGAAGUCUCAGAAACUGCAGAUGAUGACGAGGACAAAAGGAAGAGAACUCAUGAUACUGAUCCCACUGGAGAUUGGUCAGAUGAGGUUGGAGAAAGACACCAAAGUAAAAGAAGGAAUUGCUCAAGACACUGGUCAGAUGACCAUGAGGAAACAGAAAAAAAUGUAAAAGAUGAAUUUCAGGGUCAGGAGUUUGACACUGAAAAACCAGACGUACCAAGAGUCCAAAAACAUAGUCACUCUAGCAGAAAGGAUGGUUCAAACAAAGAGAUGAUUAGCAGAGCAGAUUUUAUAAGUGAGGAUAAAAAAUCAAAUGGGAAUCAUGAGGCCAGCAGUUCAGAUCAACAUGGCAGGAGAAGUAAAUCAUACAAUCCUGAUUCGAGAUACCACUCUGAUGAAAAUAUUGACAAAGAGGGUGACUGGGAACCUGAAAAAACCCGAAAAUCUAGAAGAGAGAAAAGUACUUCUCAUAAACAUCACAAGUACAGAGACCAUGAAGACUACAGCAAGAGCAAAUCAAGAGGUGGUGAUCGGUCAAUCCAUAGGAGACACUCAACCAGCUUAAACAAUGCAGAUUCUUCUGAAGAGUAUCAAGACUCUGAAAAUAAAGACAAGAGGCAUGGUGGAAAACAUCAAUCUAGUAGUCACAGGCGGCACAGUGAGAAAUCUAAUUCCUAAAGGCCGGAUGAUGCUACUUACAGGAAGCAUCAACUGUAACUGCCUCAAAACUAUCUUUAGCAAGCUUCUCGAACCCGAAAACAUGGACAGAAGCAGCGGAAGAGAUACCUGCCAAUCUCAAAUGCACAACCAAAAGGCCCAGCUGACUUCUCUUUUGUGGGUGCAGGCACAGCAGGAAUGCCAUAAACCGGAUUGGGAACCAUGUACUGCUGAUAAGAUGAGGUGCUGGUAACCGGCAGUGUUGGAUACGAUGGUCGGGCCUCUGAGACUAUCUCCUGUUGUGGAGUUGAAUAAACAAAACCUGGGACUGGAGCAGCAGCGGCAGCAUCAUAGGCCUGCUCUGCGUCGUACCAAGGCGGUAGAGGUGGAGCAGAGGGGCAUGAGCAGCAGCAGUAAGGAGAAGGUAAGGGGGGAGGAGGAGGAGGAGGGGGAGGGAGAUAGGGCUUCUUCUUCUUCUUUUUUCUGUGCCAGAACUUGAGCUUCUUGAGAGUCUUGAGCAUUUUCAUGGCUUCUUGGAUGUUGAGAUUUGUGGUUUGUAGUAGUAUUUAAGAGGAUUGGAGGUGGUAUUUUUUGGAGUGGCCCCUCUGGAGAAGAAAUAAAAAGUAGGGGGAGAGAUGAUGGAGGAUUUAGUAGAGAAGGUGAACGUUGUGGUUUCGAAUUUUCAAACCUUGUGACCGUUGCUUCUUUCCAUCUAGGCCCACUUAUCUGGAAAGGAGGCUCCAGCCUCCAUUUUUUUUUUUUAUCAUUUUUCUUUCUCCUCUUUCCUUUUCUAGUCUCUCCAGAUAUAUUUGAAAUUAAUUCUUCAUUCAGAAAAACAGAAAUAAAAAAUUGAAAAGGCAGACA